AUGGCUGUGAAGCUUGGAUUACCACCAGCACAACCGAAAGAAGACUUAGCACCUUUGAAUAUAGAAUUUGGAGGACAAUAUGUGGACCAUCUUAUGAUAGCACCAAUGCAACAUAGAGAAAAAAAUAAAAUAAAGAACUACAAAACGAAUUGGGAAUGGCGCCAGUUACCAACUUUAUACCACGAGGAAGAUCCAGAAAAAAGAGGCUGGAUGUUGUGGAAGAAGUCCUUGAAAGACUGGGAGUACAGGAAUGAAGGCGUCCAGAUAGGUGACUCGGUGUUGUUCGCCAUAACAAAUGACACCUUAAGACUGUUGGUGAAACUUUUGGAUUACGAGGAGAACAGAACCGACGGCAGCGACGUGGCAAGCGACCGUGUUGUCGAUGAGUCCGAAGAGUUCCCACCGUCGAUGAAGCCGUUGCUGUUGGCCGCGCUAUGCGGCCGAUACGAGACCGUCGACUUUUUGCUGAACCGCGGCCACAAGUUACAGCGGCCACACCCACCGCAGUGCAUGUGCGAGGAGUGCUUAGCCAUAGACAACGUGGUGGCCGUAGGCACUGAGAAGCUCAACACGUACCGAGCACUCAGCAGCCCCACGUACCUGUGUUGCACGUCGGCCACUGAACCGAUCCUGGCGUGCUUUAGACUCCAGGCGCGCUGGGUGGACGACGACUUGGACCGCAAGUAUUGGCACUGAGCCGAUCCGCAGCUGGUGGCCGAAGGCCUGUUCGCCGUGGCCACGGUUAUGGCGUACCUGCGGCUGCUGUUCCUGUGCCGGCUGAACUAUUACAUAGGCCCGAUGCAGGUGUCGUUGGGCAAGAUGCUGAACGACUUCGGCAAGUUUGCCACGUUCCUGGCUGUCGUAAUGGUAGCGUUCACGUGCGGCCUGGGCACGUUGUACAGCCCGUAUAAGGACAUGGAGCGCAAGGACCCGGAGACGGGGCAGGUGACGCGUCAGGAGGACUCGUUCGUCACCGUGGCCGACAUGUUCAAGACGUUGUUCUGGGGCAUAUUCUGCAUGACGCCGCUGGAGGCACCGAACGUGGUGGUCGGCAGCGCCAUAGCCGGCGGCGACGCGGACGUGGACGUGCAGAGUCACGAUUUCACGCAGCUAGUGGGCUACGGGCUAUUCGCCACGUUCGAAGUGAUGAUGGUGAUCGUCAUGCUGAACAUGCUCAUCGCCAGCAUGUCGGACACGUUCCAGCGGGUGGCCGACAACUCCGAUUAUGAGUGGCUGUUUGGCCGCACCAAGGUGUACCUGGACUACAUGCUGCUGGACGAUCUGCCGCCACCGUUCGAUUUGUUGCCCACCGUAACCGGAGUGAUGCGCGUCAUGCGGCGUCUACUGUCCGUCUCGGCCGGUUUCGAAAAGUUUCGCGACUUGGCCGAUGGCGAUGGCCACCAUCAGGCAGAGUAUCGCGCGCUCAUGGUCGAGCUUAUAAAACAUUACUUCAUCCGAAUCGCGUAG